AUGGAACCACCUUCUACCCCACCAAGAACUGAACAUCUGCAAUCAUCUGUUCAGGAUACCCCGUCUGGUCAAUGGCCAACGUCUCCGCCACUCUUCGAGUCCGGUAAACUCGAACACCGGAAGGAGCUCUUGGGCGCCAAGCUGGGCAAGACGUUGCCUGAGAAAACUCAAGCACACUGGCUCUCAGAUAUCCUGCCGCCCACGAAACUCACUCGCGACGACAUCAAUGGUGUAUACAAGCGUCUCGUGCAGGACGGGAUAUACUGCCCUGUUUCGAAGACUUGGAGAGAAUUGAGGAAGCCUCCCAAAACCGAUCCCAGACAUGAAACGAAGGUUUAUCAACCGCUCGUGCCUAUUUUCAGCGCCAUCCUCGAUGCUGUGCCUCCAGCACUUGCCCCGCAAAAGCUGAUCUACAAGCAAAAGCCGUACACGCCCCCCACAGACGAACGGCCAGACGAUCGCACGAAACCGGACGCGAAUUUUGUCAGAAUAACAUCAUCUACAGCCAAUGCCACUUCGAUUGAUAAGAUCAGCUGGAUCAAUAUUCGCGAGAUUCAAGAGUUCAAGAAGGACGGGACACGAGCUGAUUUGGAGGAGGCUUGUCUCCUGCCAUUGUCAGACUUGUAA